AUGUUUUAUUGCUUAAUUCGUUCGUUCCGUUUGCCCGUUAGUUUAAAAAUGUUCCUUAAUUUUUUAUUGGUUAAUUUCGUAAACGUUGGAAUAAAAAAGUUAUAUUUAGUAAAUUGGUUAAUUAUUACCAAUAUUACGUUGCGCUUUUUGCCGGUUUUAUUUACUAACCAAUCCGUAAAAUGUUUAUAUUUUCGGGUUUGUUUGCUGGUAUACUUAAUACGUUCUUUUAGCUAUGCUUUUGUAACCCCCCCGUUAAGUUAUCGUAUUAUUUCCAAAGCAUUGCCCGUUGUAAUAACGCUAAAUUUAAAAUUUAAAUUUUCUUUUUAUGCUUAA